CACUUUUUUUUCACUUUUCAACAUUUAUCAUUCUUCAUCUUUCUAACUCAUCACCUUUAUAUUAACAGAACACACUUUAUUCUAUAAAAAAAAAAGGAAACAGUUCUGUGUUAUCUAUACAAAACUUUCUCUUCUUCAUCCAAUGUCUGUUUACAAUCAUCGACCUAUGGUACCGCCAACUUCUAAUAGACUCGUCGAGUUAUUAGAUACAGUGAAAAAUGAAUAUGAUCAGCUUGCUCAAGAGGUUUUAACUUUUAAAAACCAACGUGAUGAAUAUGAACAUAAAGUGAAUAGCCAAAAUCAAGAAAUGAGUUUAUUUAAACAAAAUUUGGUUGAUCUGGAACGAACACAACAUAUCAUCAAAAAACAGUACGAAGAAGAAAUUGCUCGUCUUCGCCAACAACUGGAACAGAUCAAUGGUCACGGGUCUGUACCUUCUUCUCAACCUCCUACAGCAACACCUACAGCCAACUCAGCGUCAAAUUAUGGAUCUGGUUAUGCUCCUCCACCUGGUUUACCUCCUCCAAUGAUGGAUACCAAACCAUCUAUUCAUCCUAAUUAUGGCCAUUCUUCUUCGCCUUAUAUGAAUGGAGGAUCUCCUUUACCAACAAACACACCUCCACCUUCACAACAACAACAACAACAGCAGCAACAACAACAGCAACAACAACAGCAACAGCAACAACAGCAAAUGACACGACCUACAAGUGUAAAACCAUCACCAACGACAACAACUCCCGGUGGAUUGAGUGAUAUGGAUCCUGAUAGUUUCCCUGCCAAUAUGAAAGUGGAAGGUCCAGAUUGGUUUGCUUUGUUUAAUCCCAAGGCUCAACGCUAUUUGAAAGUGGAUUUGGUACAUACUUUCGAUCAUGGUAGUGUUGUCUGCUGUGUCAAAUUCAGCUCGGAUGGAAGAUAUCUUGCUGCUGGAUGUAACCAAGCUACCUAUAUUUACGAUACUCAAACAUCUGCUCGUAUCGCUGUUCUUCAAGAUGAAACUGCAGGAAGAGAUGGUGAUUUGUAUAUUCGAUCCGUCAGUUUUAGUCCCGAUGGCAAAUAUUUGGCUACUGGUGCGGAAGACAAACAAAUCAGGAUCUGGGAUAUUACUAAGAAACGUAUUCGACAUGUAUUGAAAGGACAUGAACAAGACAUUUAUUCUUUGGAAUUCAGUCGAGAUGGUAGAAUCCUUGUAUCAGGUUCAGGUGAUCGUACAGCUCGGAUAUGGGAUUGGAAUGAAGGAUACUGUAUACAUGUACUUCAUAUCAAAGAUCCUGAUCAGAAAGACCCUGGUGUAACAAGUGUGGCUAUUUCCCCUGAUGGUGGUUUGGUGGCAGCUGGUAGUUUGGAUAAGGUGGUACGCGUAUGGGAUGCUCAUACUGGUAAACCUUUGGAACGUUUGGAAGGCCACAAGGAUAGUGUCUACUCUGUGGCUUUCAUGCCUGAUGGUAAAACUUUGGUCAGUGGUAGUUUGGACAAGACUCUACGUUUGUGGUCAUUAGGUGUCAGUCCACAUGGUGGUAAGACUGCAAGUAAACAAGUUUUCACUGGUCACAAGGACUUUGUAUUAUCUGUGGCCACUACUCCUGAUGGAAAAUGGAUUGUCUCUGGUUCUAAAGAUCGUGGUGUUCAAUUUUGGGAUCCUCGCACUGGACAAACUGAAUUCAUGUUACAAGGACACAAAAAUUCUGUGAUCUCUGUGGCAACAAGUCCUGGAAGAAAACCCCUCUUUGCUACUGGAUCAGGUGACAACCGUGCUAGGAUUUGGAGUUAUGAACCGUUAUAAGCCAAUAUUGGACCCUCUUUUACGAUAGUGUCUGUCUUUUUUUAUUUUACUUUUUCAUCAAAUAUCUCAUAGUAUCUUUAUUUUUUUUUUCCCCUUUUCAUCCAUGUCUUAUUUUAGUCCUGUAUUCCUCAAUCUUUCUACCACUCUCUCCACUUCUCCAUUUUUCUCUCUCUCUUUCUUUUUUUUUUUUUCUUGAUUUCUUUUUCUUUUUUUCUUGUUUGAAUAAAUGAAUAAAAACUUGUGCAACCAA